UGAACUGUGAACACGCCCACCCCAGAUGUCUGCAAGAUUAAAUAAAAUGAGCAAAUGAAAUUGAUGCAUGGACAUGGUCAACGUUUAUCAGAAGAUGUAGCUAAAGAAAACUUUCUCCAGAUUCUACAUUUAACUGCAAAUGAACAACAUGCUGAGACGUCUAAAAUCCCAUCUAGACACAGCGGUAGACAAAGUCUGGUCCGCAGAGACCAAAGAUGACACCGAUAAACCACUCAAAUUUGAGUACAGUCGCCCCGAGUUCCUGCGACUAAAUGCCGAGAAGUUAAAAGUUUCCCAGGACUUUUCAAACCGACCCAUUGUAACGACAAAUGAACCAAUGGUUCUCCCUUUCAAUGCAGGAUAUGCAGAGUGUAUCAAUGGCGGUAAGAGUAACAUGAAUGAAGACCAGGCCACGGCCAAACAGUAUUUCAUAGACCUGGACACAAACGAACUGACCGAGUCCAGCGAGGACUUCCCAACAACCAUACAAAUGACAGACGUAGCAGCCGGCAGGAUAUCUAAUAAAUUAACCUUGACCUACUUUGGGAUGUUUGAUGGCCACGCUGGUCCUGAUGCAGCCCUGUGGUCUUCCAAACUUCUCCACAAACACAUUGUUGAUCGGCUCAAGAGCAGGACAGAGGUCCUUAAAGUCAAGAUGCUCUCCUUGGACACAGAGAACCAUAAGGAGAAAAACAACCGGGACUCAGAAAAGUUUGGUUUGCUGGAAAAUGUGUCUCUGGACAGCCUGAUUGUUGGGGCUCUGGAAGAGUCUUUUACAGCAAUGGAUGAACAGAUCAAGAGAGAAAAGUCAACGUAUUCAAUACGUGGAGGAUGUGCUGUGAUAGUAGCCAUUUUUUUCCUGGGAAAAAUCUUUGUAGCCAACGCUGGAGACUGCAGGGCAGUGGUGUAUAAUAAGGGGAGAGCAGUCAGACUAUCAAGGGACAUGACUCCCUACUCUGAGAGAACAAGAAUCCUUACUCUAGGUAUGACAAAGCCAGACCUCUUGCAUGAAGAGUUCACAUGUUAUGAGUAUCUGAAGAGAAUUACUAGGAGUGACAUAGGAAAACCAAUACUCUAUAGAGGCCCUACCAUGUCAGGAUGGGGCUACAAAAUAGCUGACCAAGAGGAUCUGAAAGUACCCCUCAUUACCGUUACAGGAAAUAAGUCUCGAUUGAUGCAGACAAUUGGGGUUGCUAGAGGAUUUGGUGACCAUGACCUGAGGUUAUAUGAUUCCAAUAUAUACAUGAAGCCAUUUUUGUCAGCGGUUCCUGAGGUGUGUAUAUAUGAUCUGAGGACGGCAGAUUUAGAUGAUAAUGACGUGCUGGUGAUAGGAAGUGAUGGUCUCUGGGAUUUAUUAAAAGUCGAAGAGGUCCGAAAGUCUGUAGAUGACGUGCUUCAAUUAUACAAUAUAAACAACCAAAAAAGAUAUUUAUCGGUGGCUCAGGAACUUGUGACAUUAGCUCGGGGGUCUUUCAAUGGAAACGGUUGGAAGAAGAAAAACGGAGAGCCUGGCUCUUUUGAUGACAUUUCUGUGUUUGUGAUACCUCUAAAACACUGACCAAUGCAUGUUUUAAGAUCUAAGGUUAUGUGGUUUGUAAAUAUAUGCUGAUGCAUUUUAUCUCUGAAAUUCCAGUUUAUUUAGGUAUGGACACUGCAGUUUCAUUGUUUUUUAAGUUACAAUUUAAAUUUCCAAUUUUAUUUAAAAUUUAAUUUUAGUUAAGUUUAUGAAAACAACAUUUUUUUAAAUGCUUUCAACAAUUCUCUUUAUUUUUACUUUCAAUGCCUUGUGCGUGGAAGUACUGACACAAACUCUAUUAUCCUAAAUGUUUAACUUUAACCAAAUGUGUUCAGUUUACUAAUUCUGCACAAAUCAGUGAACUUGAACAGACAAGUUGUUAUAUUAGUUUUUGAUUUCACAUCUGAAUACUAGUAUCAAUUGUAAAUACAUUAAUUUUCUUUUCUACUUUCUUUUUUUUUCAAGUAAGUUUCAAAAACUGCUCUAAAUAUUACCUCCAAAUAUUUGUCCAUGUUUCUUUUCAGAACAAUUUGAUACUGAAUGGAGUGAACUAAAUCUGCUGAACAAAAAAAUCAAUAUAUAUUGAUUUCUUCAGUAAAAAAUAUUAUAUUGAUGUGAUAUGAUAUUUUGCAAUGUGGUAAAUUCCAAAUUUAGUUUUUGUUUUCAUAAAGUAAAAAAAUUUAGGCAAAAUUUCUAAGAUAUAUAUUGAACUUCAUUUUAGUAGAGUAACACUUUUAAAUUCAUGUUUUAGUUAUUAAGUUGCAGAAAUCAUUUUAAAUCAUGGAUAAAUAUAUGUCAUUUGUAAGAAUUUUUUUCUUAAACAAAAUUAAAAGAAGAUGAAACUUUUUAAGGAGAACAAGGAUGUGUCUGUCCACCUGUCCGUUGAGGUAUUUACCUCACUUCCUGAGUACUUUGCAACCUAUAAACGUCAUAUUUACAACAUGAGUAGAGGUGAAGUAUAGACAAAUUUAAUACAGAAAGCCUUUGCAGUUUUGGGGGAUUGCAUAGUCAAAUGUUCAUGUCGAAAUUUAAGACGACUGCUCUUAACAUUUCACAGUUAGGUUUUGAAGCUUGCAAAACAUUUUUGAACAGUUGGAGCAUACUGAAAAGUAAAAGACAACUACGAAUGUUGAUUUUGUCAAAUGUCAAGAACAUGCCAAUUCAAUUUAUACUAAUAUAGAUGAUGCAGUAUUUCAAAAAAGCAUCAUUUUUAAUUUGGACCUAGGGAAAUAUCGUUUGUGUGAGUGAACAAAGUAAUUUUUUUAUAUACUAGCUUUGUCAAAAUCUUUUUUUUUACGAUUUUGAUAUUUGACAUGCCAGGAAAACGUCAGAACCGGCGCCAUUACGAAAACUGGGAAAUCGUCGCCUCCAGCUGGAGUUGAUUUUAGAUACUUGCGAACCGAAUUAAAUUUCAAAGUCACAAGUUAAUUAUCAAUAGUACAAAACUUUAAGUACUUACCAAUAUUGUUUUUAGGAUUCAUUUGUAAAACAUACAAUCUGUUGAGAAGAUUUUAACACACUCUCGAGAUUUGUCUUCAUUUCAUGCAUUUUAAAUUCUCUUAAAGUGCUAUGACGAAAUAGGGAGAGAUAUUUUCUUUUCGACAAUAUUGGUGAAUACCAGAGGCAGUGCGCUUUAAUAAAUUUAAUUCGGUUCACAAGUAUUAAAAAUGAACUCUAGUUUGAGACGGCGAAAUUUCCAGUUUUCGUAAUGGCGCCGGUUCUGACGUUUUCCUGGCACAUAAAAUAUUAAAAUCGUAAAAAAAAAAGCCCGGAAAACGUCGGAUAUUUCGGACUAAUUCUGCUGAUGGUAAACAUGCAUGUUUGUGUAGUUCCAAUGAGAAUGUUUCCCUUUACAAUAGACUGAAUUGAACUGAGAACUAACUCGGAACUUAAUUAGUUAUAAAAAUAUAUUAUUGUAUGUAUGUUGAUUUCUUUCAAAAGGAUUGAAAUAACUAUAUAUAAAUUCGAAUCCGAUCGAGCACAGGCCUGUAAAAUCAUCAGAAAUGGACGCAAAUGCCAUAAAUGAUCAAACAUUAAUAAAACAUAUUUUUGUUUUUUUAA